GCCCAUUCUGUUUCUGCCAUCUGCAGGCUGCUCGGAGCCAGUGCUGAGUGCCUGUGAAGUAAAGUUGAGUCACCCAGGGGUGUGGUUACCCACAUCUCCCUCUCUUUUUUCCCUUCCUUCCUUCUUUUUCACGCUCCUUCUGUCGGACUAAGGAGGGACACGGGAGAAGCCGGAUUCCAGUUGUUCACAACAUCAGGUUGUGAGUAACUGUUAAAAUGGAAGCCAUACUCUCAGAAUGGGUGCAGAAAUACCAUGACUUUAUGAAAGGAGCAGAUCCCAGGAUAUAUGAUUACCCAUUGAUGCAGUCACCAUUCCUUCCUGGUGCCAUUCUCCUCGGUUAUGUCUACUUCGUUCUCUCUCUUGGCCCACGCAUUAUGGCAAAUCGAAAGCCUUUUGACCUAAAGCCACUAAUGGUUGUUUAUAAUUUUAGCCUUGUGGCACUUUCAGCUUAUAUUGUUUAUGAGUUCCUCAUGUCAGGCUGGUUAACUGGCUAUACAUGGCGUUGUGACCCAGUCGAUGUGUCGGACAAACCAAUGGCUUUAAGGAUGGUCCAAGUAGCUUGGCUGUUCUUGUUCUCUAAAUUUAUUGAACUGCUUGAUACUGUUUUCUUUGUCGUGAGAAAGAAGAACAGCCAGAUCACCUUCUUGCACAUCAUUCAUCACUCUGUCUUACCUUGGAGCUGGUGGUGGGGUGUCAAGUUUGGCCCAGGUGGUAUGGGAUCUUUCCACGCUAUGAUUAACUCCUUGGUUCAUGUCAUUAUGUACUUUUACUAUGGACUGUCAGCUGCUGGCCCACGAUUUCAGAAAUACCUGUGGUGGAAAAAGCAUAUGACAGCCAUACAGCUGAUCCAGUUUGUGCUGGUUUCCAUUCACAUUUCCCAGUAUUACUUCAUGCCAAGCUGCGAUUAUCAAUUUCCCAUCUUCAUUCACCUCAUCUGGAUUUAUGGCACAGUUUUCUUCAUCUUGUUUUCCAAUUUCUGGUAUCAGGCAUACACUAAAGGAAGGCGCCUCCCCAAGGGCAGCACAGUUGCCAAUGGAGCACUGCAUAGGAAUGGCAAAGCCAAGAAUGGGAAAUAUAAGGAAAAUUAGAUGCAGGCACCUCAAGACCUGUGCUGGCAGUGUGCGGAAACUUGUGCACAUGAGAGGAGCAGGUGCAAAGAAAGAGAGAAUAUACCACAUUUUAUAAACCGAGAACCCUAGCUGUUUGUGGGCCAGUACAAACUGCUAAACUGGUUUCACCAGCCAAAUCAAGUGCCUAAAAGACAUUGUUCAACCAAAUGAAUGAAUAACCCAUGUCCCUCCUGCAGCUAAAGCUACUCUUUCUACAACAUGAAGCCACUCCUGAGUCCAUGAAGAACCAGUUCACACCUUUGGUGCAAUGGUUACUAUGAAUCUGUAAUCUCAUUAAUGUACUACCCAGUCCUCCAGCAUUCAACGUAAAUGUGGAUUUCUUUGCAUCACAUUCCAGUAACUCUACUACUGGGGCUAUGUCUUCACUAAUGUUGCUUUACACCCUUUAAUUACUGUUUUUGCACUGGUAUUGUUAUGGUCACAGGAAGAUGAAUUUGUUCCAAAAUUGCAGGAAUUCUGAAAUACUUGAAUAUAGGGACAUGUGUGUCUUAUACUGUUUGGUUAUUGUGUUCCUGUCCAAAAAAGGCAGCCAUAUUGUGUUCAUUUAAAUUAAUUUGCCUUAUUAAAGGGGCAUGGUUGCCUCCUUAUGUUAUUGCUUUAACCUUUAUUAAUCAUCAAAUUUGUGUCCCAUCCACAAAAUCUCUACUUUUAACACUGAAUCAUCCUUGUUAUUUUUUCCACUUAUAGAGGAACCAUUAUUUUUGUGAUCUACAAUGUCUCCCUGAGCCUGGAAUGGGAGGAUUUAAAAAGGUUCUUGAUCAAAAAUAUUCAUACUGAGCUAUGUGUAUGACUGGCAAGAAGGAAGGAGUGGUAGAAAAAGGCUGAGGUGCACAGAUAUAGGGACUUCGUGUAACUACCUGCAAGGCUGCCAAAACCUAUUUAUCAUUUUUUGUGUAAUACUAAUAAACGCUUAUUGCACAUUG